AUGAUCGCAGUCGGCGUCGGAGUCGGGACAGCAUACUACGUGGUGGCUCCCGAGUAUGCGGAUGGUGGCCUUGGAGCCGAGGUCAUCCCGGAAAGGCAGAGGAAGAACGUUCCUGUAUCUCCGAUAGGUCCCCCUCCUCACUUGAACGCCAUCCCACCACUUUCAGCAACAGAGCAGAAACACGACUGUUGCGGUAAGCCCCUUUUCUACGGCACGGGGUAA